AUGGACCACGACCACCACCACGGCCAGCACGACAUGCCGCCGGGCCACAGCAUGCCGAUGCCGGGCGACGCCUGCCCCAUGCUCAUGACGUGGAACGCGGAUACGUCCAACAUCUGCAUCAUCUCCGAAUCCUGGCACGUCCGCACGCCGCGGGCAUUCUUCCUCUCGCUCUGCGUCCUCGUCGUCGUAUCGGCGGGCUACGAGUGGCUGCGGCUGUACACCAAGGCCAACGACGCCCGGAUCGCCAGCGGCAUGGAGGCCAGGCUGGGCGGAGGUCACCACCACCGCAGGAGGGCCAGCAUCCUCCCCACCACGUCGGCGGCGGGCGUGAGCAUCGCCGACACCGCCAGCGUCGCCAGCGGAUCUUCGAACGGUCUCGGCACUGCGGCGAGGAAGGCGAGGAGGUCCAGCAGGCUAGCACCAAUGCCGCUGCUGAUACGGCGGCGGACACAGGUGUUUCGCUCGACCCUCUAUGCCCUGAGCGUCUUCAUCUCCUUCAUGCUGAUGCUGGUGGCGAUGACAUUCAACGCCUACCUGAUUGGCGCCAUCGUCGGAGGUGCCGGCCUGGGACACUACUGGUUCAACCGCGACUUUUCACGACACCCGGACGACGACAAGGGACUGGCGUGCCACCCGUAG